ACACGGCCCCCGCCCUGCUCGCCCCGCGGUCCGCUCGCGCCCCGCCAUGGAGGACCUGGAUGCCUUGCUCUCUGAUCUGGAGACCACCACUUCACACAUGCCAAGACCAGGGGCUUCAAAAGAGCGGCCCUCAGAGCCCCUCACAUCUCCCCUGACCUAUGGCCAUCAGCCACAGACAGGGCCGGGGGAGUCUUCAGGAAGCUCUGGGGACAAAGACCAUCUGUACAGCACGGUAUGCAAGCCUCGGUCCCCGAAGCCGGCAGCCCCGGCUGCCCCUCCGUUCUCCUCCUCCAGCGGUGUCUUGGGCACAGGGCUCUGUGAGCUAGACCGGUUACUCCAGGAACUUAAUGCUACUCAGUUCAACAUCACAGAUGAAAUAAUGUCUCAGUUCCCAUCUAGCAAAGAUGCUGCGGGGCAGCAGAAAGAGGACCAAGCUGAGGACAAGAAAAGGCCCAGCCUCCCUCCCAGCCCAUCCCCUGUUCUCCCAAAGCCUUCGGCUACCUCAGCCACCCUAGAGCUGGAUAGACUGAUGGCCUCACUCUCUGACUUCCGAGUCCAGAACCAUCUUCCGGCCUCUGGGCCAACCCAGCCACCAGUGCCGAGCUCUGUGAAUGAAAACUCCCCAUCCCCGCCAGAUCAGACCAGCAAGGGCAGCCUGGACACCAUGCUGGGGCUGCUGCAAUCCGACCUCAGCCGCCGUGGCGUUCCCACUCAGGCCAAGGGCCUUUGUGGCUCCUGCAACAAAUCCAUUGCUGGCCAAGUGGUGACUGCGCUGGGCCGAGCUUGGCACCCAGAGCACUUCGUUUGUGGCGGCUGCUCCACAGCCCUGGGAGGCAGCAGCUUCUUUGAGAAGGAUGGAGCCCCCUUCUGCCCGGAGUGCUACUUUGAGCGCUUCUCCCCACGAUGUGGCCUCUGCAAUCAACCCAUCAGACACAAGAUGGUUACAGCUUUGGGCACCCACUGGCACCCGGAGCAUUUCUGCUGCGUCAGCUGCGGGGAGCCCUUCGGAGAUGAGGGCUUCCACGAGCGCGAGGGGCGCCCCUACUGCCGCCGGGACUUCCUGCAGCUGUUCGCCCCGCGCUGCCAGGGCUGCCAAGGCCCCAUCCUGGACAACUACAUCUCGGCGCUCAGCGCGCUCUGGCACCCAGACUGCUUCGUGUGCAGGGAAUGUUUCGCGCCCUUCUCCGGAGGCAGCUUUUUCGAGCACGAGGGCCGCCCGCUGUGCGAGAACCACUUCCACGCGCGGCGCGGCUCGCUGUGCGCCACGUGCGGCCUCCCGGUGACCGGCCGCUGCGUGUCGGCGCUCGGCCGCCGCUUCCACCCCGACCACUUCACCUGCACCUUCUGCCUGCGCCCGCUCACCAAGGGCUCCUUCCAGGAGCGCGCCGGCAAGCCCUACUGCCAGCCCUGCUUCCUCAAGCUCUUCGGGUGACCGCGCCCCCCGGAGACCCCGGCCCCGGGGCGCCGC